AUGCGUCCCGAUGGAAUAUCAACAGAAAAUGGCACCUCAGACGCCUCGAAUGACUUACUUCCAUCGGCGUCGAGGAAAACGGGUCUAAACGGGCAAGCGGCAACCAACGGGAGCUCUCAUACAAAUGGCUCUAAAAGACCAUCUCAAGCUUCUAGCUACUAUGGUCAUAACCGGGAGGAAGUGACUCGGAUUCUGAUACAGAGCCUGUAUGAGCUGGGCUAUAAUGGUUCAGCAUCACUCUUAAGCUCGGAGAGCGGAUAUGAACUGGAAACGUCAGGGGUUGCGACGUUCCGGAGUGCGGUGUUAGGCGGAAGAUGGUCAGAGGCUGAGAGGAUCUUGAUUCAAUCGUUUCGAAAUGCCGGGUCGCAGCAGGUUGACAAACCUCCACAAGAGGAAACCCUCAUAUUAGCGGAGGAAGCCGAUAGGAACGAGAUGCUAUUCUAUCUCCGGCAACAGAAAUUCCUCGAGUUGCUAGAAGCCCGCGAUCUCGCUUCAGCUCUCAGCGUCCUGCGGCAAGAACUGACACCCUUGAAUUUUGACGUCGAGCGUCUUCACGCCCUAUCAAGUCUUCUUAUGUGCUCAACCGAAGCCUUACAUGCUCAAACGGGAUGGGAUGGCUCCGUUAGCUCCUCUCGUGAACGACUGCUUGGCGAUCUGUCAAAAUCGAUAUCUCCUUCCGUGAUGAUCCCGCAACAUCGCCUAGCCGUCUUACUAGAUCAAGUCAAGCAGACCCAAAUCAACAACUGCUUGUAUCAUAACACCGCGGAGCCUCCUUCGCUCUAUUCCGACCACAUGUGCGACCGAAACGAGUUUCCGCUGGACGUUAGUGUGGACUUAACUCAGCAUUCAGAUGAAGUAUGGUAUUGCGAAUUUUCACAUGAUGGCUCCAAGCUGGUCACUGCAGGCAAGGACCAUAAUGUGCUCAUCUACAACACAACCGAUUUCAGCGUUAUUCACAGACUUACAGAACACGAGGACGGAGUUGCGUUCGCCAGUUGGAGUCCAGAUGACUCCAAACUUAUUACUUGCUCGCAAGAUAAGAAGGCACGAGUAUGGAGUGUUGAGAGCGGUCGAUGUCUGCUCACCAUCAACCAUCACCGUCAACCGGUGACUGCGGCUGCCUGGGCAGCAGAUGGUGAAUCCUUUGUGACAGCCUCUCUUGAUUCGGAAGCACAGCUACGUCACUGGAGCAUGCGUGGUCAAUCUCUAUACACGUGGAAGGGCGGAUUCCGUGUACAGGAUUGUGCCAUUAGCGCCGACGGACGACGGCUUGUUGCUGCCGACACAGAAGCGAAGGUUCAUGUCUACAACAUGCUUACGUACGAGGAAGACUACUGUCUUCCACUGCCCAGUAAACCAACUUCGGUUGCUAUCAGCAGAGAUUCGCGACAUGUGCUAAUAAACCUUGCUGAGGGCGAGAUUCAACUAGUUGACAUGGAAACCACUGCUGUUAUCCGUCAGUUCAAGGGACAGAAGCAAGGCGAGUUCGUGAUUCGCAGCACAUUCGGAGGAGCAGCUGAGAACUUUGUCGUCAGCGGAAGUGAAGACUCGAAAGUCUACAUCUGGCACAAAGAGAACGGCAACAUAGUGGAGACCCUCGAAGGGCAUAUAUCCGGAUGCGUGAACUCAAUAUCAUGGAACCCAGCAGACCCGGGAAUGUUCGCAUCAGCAGGCGACGACAGCGCACUGGUCUCGAGAGAGUAA